AUGGCUAAUCCAAUUCCUUUACCUGAUUUCUUGCAACAACGUGCCUUCGACUUCGCAUUUGAGAAACUCACAAAUGUGUGGAAGAACCAUGUAAGGAAUCGGGUGGACUACGCAUUGAACUGCCAUAAGAAAGUUAAGAAGCUAGGAAAUGCUGUGGAUGAGCUCAAGGAGGAUGGAAAAAAGGUCCAUGAUAAAGCCGAGGAGGACGAAGGGCUUUAUGGGAGAGAAGUAUAUCAUGUUAAAGCAUGGCUGCGUCAAGUAAAUGAAAUAAUCUCUGAAUAUGGCAAGUUGAAAGAUGAACACAGUAACCACGUUGUCAUAAAUCUGAAGAAAAGGUAUCUCUGUAGCAAGAGGGCAGAAGAAAUCAAAGAGUUAGUCAUGGAGCUACAAAAAGAAAAGCAGGAUAAUAUAUCUUACUGGCAGCAGCAGCAGCAGCAACAACAACAACAAUGGCCAUCCUCUGGAUUCAUGGGUGUUACAUUUUCUGAUUCUGAUUAUAUGAAAUUUAAGUCGAGAAGGACUACAAUGAAAAGGAUUAUGGCAUCGCUAGAAGACUCGAAUUCAAGAUUGGUUGGUGUUUAUGGGCCAGCUGGUAUUGGGAAGACCACUUUGGUGAUAAAGGCUGCCAAACAAGCUCAGGAGAUUGACAAGUUGUUCGAUAUGGUGAUCAUGGUGAACGUGACAAAACGUCCUGAUACAAAGAAGAUUCAAGGACAAAUUGCUGAGAUGCUAGGAAUGAAGUUGGAAGAGGAAAGUGAGGAAGCAAGAGCAACUAGCAUACAAGAGAGGCUGAAGAAUGAGAAGGAUAACAUCCUUAUAAUCCUGGAUGAUCUGUAUGCCAAACUGGAUCUGAAUGCUUUGGGAAUCCCACUACAAACAAAAGAAGAAUCUUCUGCCAUUGUGGUUCACAGCCAAAAUCCUGAAUUGGAGGAUAAUAAGCAACCUGGGAAACCUGCUACUGAUGAUGAUAAGAAGAUGAUGAAAGCAAAAACCUCCUUCGUCGAUGGCUCUAGUAAGUUAAAAGAGCACAACAAGGGGUACAAGAUUUUAUUGAUUUCUGAGUUGAGACAAGUACUGACUGAAAUGGAUGUGAAAGCAACCUCUAUUUUUUCUCUAAAUGUCUUAAAUGUCAUGGAGGCAGAGAAAUUGUUCAAGAGCAUGGUUGGAGUAGGCGCCAAUGAUUCUGAACUUGAAACAUUGGCAACUGAAAUAGCCAAGAAGUGUAACGGUUUGCCUAUGUCAAUAGUUACAACUGCAAGGGCAUUGAAAAAUCAGCCGAACCCCUUGGUUUGGAAGGAUACCCUUGUAAAACUUGAAAAGCUUGCGGUGGAAAAUCCAAAUGCAGCACCUGAGUAUUCAACAAAGUCGAGUUAUGAGAUUCUAGAAAAUGAGGAGCUCAAGCUUACAUUCUUGCUUUGUGCCCGUAUGGAUCAUGACGCAUUGGUUGCGGAUUUGGUGAGAUAUUGCAUCGGUUUGGGUUUUCUUCAAGGCGUCUACUCAGUGUGGGAAGCCAGAGACAGAGUACAAAUGCUACUUGCCAAGCUAAAAGACUCAGGUUUGUUGUCGGACAGUUAUUCAAGUCAUCAUUUCACAAUGCAAAAUCUUGUUCGCAAUGCAGCUUUGUCAAUAUCAUCUGCCGAGAGGCACACAUUCAUGAUGACUGAAGGAAAACUAAAUAAAUGGCCAGGCAUGGAUGAACUUGAAAGCUGCAAUGUUAUUUCCUUAAAAAGAUGUGAUUUCAUUGGGAGAUUUCCCGAGAGCAUAAAAUGUCCUAAACUUAGCAUCUUUCAUAUUGAAAAUAAUGACCCAUCUUUAAAAAUAUCAGACAGUUUCUUUCAAGAAAUGAAAGAACUUAGUGUGUUGAUUUUGACUGGUGUCAAUCUUUCAUCAUUGCCUUCAUCAAUUAAAUGCCUCACAAAACUCAGGAUGCUUUGUUUGGAGCAAUGCAUUCUAGGUGAGAAAUUAGAGAUCAUAGGAGAGUUAAAAAAUUUAAGAAUUCUUAGCUUUUCAGGAUCUGAUGUCAAAAGUUUGCCUCAUGAACUAAGCCAUUUAUCUAAUCUACAAAUCUUUGACAUAAGUAACUGUUACAAGCUUAGAGUGAUUCCACAUGAUGUAAUGUCAAAUUUGACUAGAUUAGAAGAGUUGUAUAUGAGAAACAUUCCCUUUCAAAGCGAGGUUGAUGAUGGCAAGCAAAGUGAAAAUGCUAGUCUAUCUGUGUUAGGAAAUCUGAACCAAUUAACAAAUCUAGACCUACAAAUUCCAAAUGCUUCUUCUUUGCCCAAUAAUUUCUUCUUUGACAAGCUGUAUAGCUACAAGAUUAUCAUUGGGUCUUCAAAUAGAGGAUAUUCAGAUCCUGAUUUCCAGAUUCCAAAGAAGUAUGAAUUGUCCAGAUGCUUGGCAGUAUAUCAAGAGGAUGGCAGCUUUGACGUUCAUUCCCAUGAUGCAAUCAAAAUGCUGUUUGAAAGAGUGGAAAUUUUGUUGCUGGAAAAGUUCAACAGUGUCCAGGAUGUUUUUUAUGAACUGAAUUUGAAAGGAUUUCCAUCUCUUAAGCAUUUAUCCAUUGCAAGAAAUCAUAGUAUUCAAUGUCUCAUCAGUCCAAAGAAAAGGGGGUAUCCUGAGAGGAUUUUCCCUAAAUUGGAGUCAUUGCAUCUCUAUAAGCUCAAGAAAAUGAAUCAAAUAUGCUGCUGUCAAUCACUCUCAAAAGAUUCAUUUGCUGAGUUGAAAAUUAUUAAGAUCAGGCUCUGUGGUCGGAUGAAAAAUGUUUUCUUAUUUUCUAUGGUCCAACAACUAGCUUCUCUUGAAACAAUUGAUAUUUCUGAAUGCUACUCUUUGGAGAAUAUUGUUGACAUGGAAACAUAUAUUGAAAAAAAGCCUCUUCCUAAGUUCUCUAAACUACGUUCUUUGACACUACAAUCUUUAUCCAAGUUUACUGGGUUCGAUCCUAUUGCAUCAGAUGGAAAUACCAUAUCACUGUUCCAUCACAAGAUUGAAGUGCCGAAGCUAGAGAGAAUGGAGUUGUCUGUGCUCCAAAUCAACCACAUAUGGAGGGACCAAACAUCGAAUAAUAAAAACCAAAGCAUUUCUCCCUUUCAAAAUUUAAUACACUUGCACGUGAAUGACUGUUGGAAUUUAGAAUGCUUAUGGUCAUUUUCUAUGGCCAGACAUUUGGAGAAUCUUCAAAGCUUUUCUGUCAGUGAAUGUAAGAUGAGAUACAUCUUUCCUCAAGUUCAAGGUGGAGAGACUAAAAUGAACAGUAAGGAUGCAAUUUUUUCAAAUUUGAAGACUGUCAAACUGAGUAACAUAAAGAGUUUGUGCAAAAUAUGGAAUUCUGAGGCUCAUGAAAAUUCUUUUGGCAAACUACACACUCUGAUCAUUGAGAAAUGUGAUGAAUUGGUCCAUGUGAUUCCUCAUAAUAUGGUUAGAAGAUUGUCGAAUUUAAGUUGCUUGAGGGUUACGAACUGCGAGUCAAUCAAAGUUAUAUUUGAAGAAGCUGAUGAUGAUAAUAGAAAACAAGAUGUUAUGCAUAACAUCCAGUUGCAAGAUAUUCAUUUAGAAACACUCCCGAAACUGGAGAAUUUUCUAUAG